ACUGUUACAGACAAAGAGUGGUAUUUCUUUUGCAGAAGAGGGAGAAAAUAUAGGAAUAGCGUAAGACUCAAUAGAGUCACGGGGUCUGGAUUUUGGAAAACAACCGGCGUAGACAAGCCAAUAUAUUCUGUUGAAGGACACAGCCGUGGUGGUGACUGCAUUUGGUUAAAGAAAUCAUUAGUAUACUAUUGUGGAAGUACAGGAAAAGGCACCAAAUCUGAUUGCAUGAUGCAUGAGUUCCGCCUCCCCGCAGACCAGAAAAAUGCUACUCUCCCCACUGCCAAGGCUGCUGAUCAAGAAGCUGAAGUAUGGACACUUUGUCGAAUUUUUAAGCGAAAUGUGCCACAUAGAAGGUACACACCAGAUUGGAGAGAAGUACCUGCUAAACGCAACCCAACGAAUUCAAAACCUAAAACAUGUGAUAUGAGUCCAGAAAAUUGGGAAGGCUACGUUAGUUCUGGGGCUCCAGUUUCUCUUCAUAAAGGGAAGAAGCCUGUUGGUAGUCACAUUUAUGAAGGGAACCCACUGCCCGCAGGCCAGGUGAGCUCGAUUGUUCAAGGUUCACAACCAGAGUCAUGUUCAUCAAGCAUUUUGAGUAACGAUGCUAGGGAGUUCUUUGCACAUGGAAAUUGGGGUGAGAUCGUAUCAGUCAUGGAGCUUUCUUUUGAUCCAUCAUCUAUUACUGUUUGA